AUGGUGGGGGUUCCACACAGUACUGGCUGUGCUCUCUGUCGCGAACGACAUAUCAAGUGCGACGAGGCCGUCCCCGAAUGUUCUCAAUGCCAGCGCUAUGGCCGCACUUGUCCUGGGUAUCGUCGCAUCUUCAGAUUCCAGGACGAAGGCCCCAGCCUUGCGCGGCGGCAUCGUCCUGUCUCUCGUAGAAGAGACCGUGGCUUAUCAUCAAGAUCCACAACCUCAACCCCAGCCCCAGCCCCUGCAGCUGCAGCUGCAUGGCAGAUCGAGUCGCUCGGGCCUAUUGAGCACCCGGAUGACGGCGCCGGCGCCGCAACGGUUGUGCGCGAAAAUGCCAUCGCCUUAAUGCGAAGACACUCAGCGACUAUUUCGCUAGACGAGAAUGUAUCGCCUUCUUUAGUGCGAAAAACAUUCAAAGCGGCGCAACCACAGCUCUUUUUAGAUUUUAUCACCGCGUCGUUUCCGACAUUGUACUUCCAUAAUCGGUUUCGCGCGGGCAACGACCCCGGAUUUCCGGAGUAUAUCAUGAUGAACUUUGGUCAGGAUGCGUAUCUUGAUUCGGCGAUUUGCUGCUUAAGCUCGGUUUAUUUGGCGCAUCUCACGCAGGACCCUGUUCUUCUUCGUACUAGUCGGCGAAUGUAUGGGGUUUCUUUGGGUGAAUUUAUUCGUGCUAUAUCAACGGGUAACCAUGCCUCUUCGGAUAAUAUGCUUUGCACUGCUAUGAUGCUUAGUGUUUAUGAGAUGUAUGCUCAGACUAGUCCCGAUGCGUGGGUCGUUCAUUCCGAUGCGGUAAAGAGACUCAUGACUAGCCGCGGCACAAAUAUGCACAAGUCAGGCUUUGGGAGGUCCUGCUGGAUUGCCUUUCGAGGCUUCCACGUCGCUACAGCCGUGUACCAGGGAAAGCCAUGCUUUCUCGAUCAAAAAGAAUGGCAAGACUACGCUUCUCAGACUAUGGCCGAGGAUGCCCAGAAGCCCGGUGAAUGGGCUGCCUAUGCUGUUAUCUCCGACAAGGUCUUCAUGGAAAUAGCCAAGUGUCCACGAUAUAUUAGUGAAACGCGAAAUUUACUCUCCGGCUCAUCUACGCUUGUCGAAAUUGACCAUGGAUUUCUUAUACGGCGUAUCCAAGACACAUCUCAUCGCUUACAUGCCCUCAGUGCCGAACUUCGAUCAUGCAUCAACGCCCAUAGCCAACGCCAGCAGGGUAUCAUUCGGCGCCCGGGUACAUUUGUCGGACCUGUCCCUGAGGUGUUCCCAGAGACCGGUCCAUCCUUGCUUCUUCGUGGCGCGGAGAAUAUACAAGAUACUCUCCGUGAACUGUGCAAUCGUCUUGAAGGCAAAUUCCGAUGUCGGGUCAUCGAAGGACUUUCUCCUGACUCGGGAACUGCGACACUCAGCGAUGGCAGUGAAGAUACACCAUCGCCACCGACCAUUAGUCCGAGAACCCUCACGUUACCCUUUCGCAUACACUCCGAACUCGGUCGUGGUCCCUCCCGGACAUCGGAUCGUGACGAUCCUCGCGCGGUUAUUUGGUUGGAUCGUGUUGCUUCGUCAAUGGGUGUCCUUGGUACAAAGGUUCUUACAGAAAAUGAGCCGCCGUUAGGGUGCAUUGAAGAGGAGGACUAG